AUAUAUAUAUAUAUAUAUAUAUAUAUAUAUAUUUCUUGCAUCAAAUUAAAUCAAUUUGAUAGUCAUAGUAACAUUGCAAAUUUAGGAUCCAAUGUUCUGUCACAAAGUCAUUUAAACCAAGAAAAACUCAACGUCAACAUUUAAGAUGGUCUGAUGGACCGACUCUUCCUGCUCACUUUUGGCCUGUGCUCUGUUGUGUGGGUUCUUUUCUGGGAAGUCAAGUGGAAGAAAGCAAAAGAAAAUCUGAUCGAAGAAUGGCUCCAUGGCAACAGACUUUCCGAAUACAGACACCUCUUUGAAGAUAUCCAGUCCUUGGAAGAGCUGACUUUAUGUGUCUUGUCCCGUUUGGAGGAAGCUCUGCAUAAGACCCAGCAUUGGCAGGAAAUUGAGGAUGCACAAAGCCAGCUAGUCCAUGACUUUGCUUUUCAGGAGUGGCUCUUCUCUCAAGGUCUUGAGCACUAUUACCACAUAUUAAAAGCCUUGGGGUGCAGCAGCCUGGAUGAUUUAGCCCAGUUUGAUAGCCAGCUACAGUUAUCACUGGCUGCCUGGGGGUACUAUUACGAAGAUUAUAUCAAACUGACGACCGGCGUGCAGGUCCUGCAAGCUGCGAGGGGACACCACGAUCAAGACUACGAGACUAGGCUGGUCCACAGCUUGGCUCAAAGACGAAUGAAUGAAAAGUGGUCUAUAGCUGGAGCACUGAUUUUUGGCUGUACUGUUGCACUGUGCUUUCUCAUAAGGGACCUCAUGUUUUACGUGAUUGGUGGAAUUACAGUUUCUAUUAUAGCGUUUGUCUUCACAAUUAAGUUUCUGUGUGAACUUGCGGCUAGAGUCGUCAGCUUUCUUCAGAAUGAAGACCGUGGCCGAAGAGGAGAUCACACCAUCUACGACUACGUUCGUGGCAAUUACCUUGAUCCGAGGUCGUGCAAGGUGACAUGGGACUGGAAGGAUCCACAAGAAGUGGGACACACUAUGACCUUCAGAGUUUACCUGUUCUAUAAAAAUGGGCAGCCAUUUCCAGCAAACCGGCCCGUGGGUUUGCGAGUCCAAAUCUCCCAUGUAGAGUUGGCUCUGGAUAUUCCUGUGACUCAAGAAGUGCUUCAGGAACCCAGUUUGAAUGUGGUUAAGGUCGUCUUCACAGUACGAAAAGCAGGCCGCUACGAAAUAACUGUCAAGCUAAGGGGGCUGAAUGUGGCUUAUAGUCCUUAUUACAAAAUAUUUCAGCCAGGUACAGUCGUUCCAUCAAAAACUAAGAUUGCAUACCAUUUUUCCACAUUGGUUUUGACAAUUGCACAGCAGCAUACAAUGCAAAUUGAACCCAGGGAUGAGUAUGGCAAUCCCACCAGUAAUUCUGUAUCCCUAAUUGAUGAAGAUAACUACAGUGUGCAAGUCCAUGAGCUUGGGACCCAAAAUGAGGAGAACCCAGAGAAUUACUAUAGCAAAUCAGUAUCGUCCAGUAAGUUGCAGUGCCAGGUGUUGCUGAGACUGACCAUCAGGAAGAAGGGCUGUUUCCAUGCCUGUAUCUCCUACCAUAAUCAACCGAUCAGCAAUGGAGAGUUUGACAUCAUUGUUCUCAAUGAGAAUGAAAAGAACACUGUAGAAAAGAGUGUCUCUACACCGGGAAUGAGUAUUUACUUUGAGGCCUACCUUUACAGCACAGGGAAUUAUUCUAACUCUACGUGGCAGUUAUUCCCCUCUGCACUGCUGGUCUCACAGCGGCGCCCAUCAACUGCCAACGAGGAAGAGGACGAGGAGUGGGACUCCCCUUCUGAGGGAACACUGGACAAAGUGAAGAAACCAAAAAAGGUGUUUUGUUACAUAUCACCAAAGCAACUCUCCGUGAAGGAAUUUUACCUGAAAAUUAUUCCAUGGCGACUUUUUACCUUCAGAGUAUGUCCAGGAACGAAGUUUUCAUACCACGGCCCUGAUCCCAUUCACAAACACCUGACUCUGGUGGUGGACGAUGGGAUGCAGCCACCAGUAGAGCUCGGCUGCAAAGACAGAAACAUCAUGGCUGCAACAUUCAUAAGGUUUCUGCACAAAAACAUAGGAGGCUCGGAAACUUUCCAGGACAAGGUGAACUUCUUUCAGAGAGAACUCCGGCAGUUGCAUUCAAAAAGACCUCGCAACAAGACAUGCUUGAAGAUCAGUCGACAUUCUCUCCUUGAUUCAUCUCUGAAAGUGACACGAAACUUCUCAGUGUCGGACUGGAGCAAGAUCUUUGAAGUUGUUUUCCAAGAUGAAGAAGCGCUUGACUGGGGUGGGCCCAGAAGAGAGUGGUUUGAGCUGGUCUGCAAAUCACUUUUCGACACAUCCAAUGAGCUGUUCACACGCUUCAGUGAUAACAACCAGGGCUUGGUCCACCCGAAUGCAGACCGUCCCCCUCAUCUCAGACUGAAGGUGUACGAGUUUGCUGGGAAAGUGGUUGGAAAGUGCUUGUACGAGUCAGCCAUGGGUGGGUCAUACAAACAGCUGGUACGAGCGAGGUUUUCACGUUCCUUCCUGGCUCAGAUCAUAGGCCUACGGAUGACCUACAAGUACUUUGAAACAGAUGAUCAGGAAUUCUACAAAACCAAAGUUUGCUUCAUUCUCAAUAACGAUGUCAGUGAAAUGGACCUUGUCUUUGCUGAGGAGAAAUACAACAAAUCAGGGCAACUGGAGAAGGUGGUGGAGCUAAUAUCUGGUGGUGCUCAGAUCCCAGUUACCAAUGAGAACAAGAUGUUCUACCUGAACCUCCUAGCACAGUACAGGCUGGCCAACCAGGUCAGAGAGGAGGUGGAACACUUCCUAAAGGGUUUGAAUGAAUUGGUUCCUGAAAACCUCUUGGCCAUAUUCGAUGAAAAUGAGUUAGAGCUGCUGAUGUGUGGCACAGGAGAUAUCAAUGCCUUGGAUUUUAAAGCCCAUUCUGUGAUUGUGGGAGGAUCUUGGCACUUCAAAGAGAAGGUAAUGAAGUGGUUUUGGGCUGUAGUGUCGAGUUUUACCCAGGAAGAACUAGCUCGUUUACUGCAGUUCACAACCGGCUCUUCGCAGCUUCCUCCCGGAGGCUUUGCCGUGCUGUGCCCUUCUUUCCAGAUCAUAGCUGCACCCACACACAGCACACUGCCAACUGCACACACCUGUUUUAACCAGCUGUGCCUCCCUACCUAUGACUCCUAUGAGGAGCUGCACAAAAUGCUGAAGCUGGCCAUCAGUGAGGGAAGUGAAGGGUUUGGAAUGCUAUGACCCUCCUGUUAUCUAACACCUUGCUGAAGGUAUUGCACAUGAAGAAUUAGGGGGAUGCCCACAAGUACUGUAGACAUUGGAAUCAGAAGCUGACAGCAGGGCUGCUUUCCUUUUUUACCAAGAAUUACAACUUCUGCAGUAAGGGCGCUAUCCCCAAAAUCUCAGUCUACUGGGAUCCUGUCCCUAAAACUCUGUACAGCUCUAUAGGUGCUUUUGUAGUGGGAGUGUGUACAGGCACAAUAUGUCCUGAAGUCCUCUUGCUGACAUCAAGAUGUGAAGUAUUAGUAUGGUACAAUAACGUUUUAUUCCACAUGCUAAAAAUACAUAGUGUAGGUAAUGUAUUAUAGUGCUGUCUCUAGGGAUGAGUGAGAAAGGGAAUAACCCUAUUCCAGCUCAAAUAAAUUACAUUUUUAUCAUAACCAUUUGGAGCAGCUUGAAGCAGAGCUGUGCAAAAUGAUUAUCUAAAAUUAGCAUUGACCCACCUGAUUAUUGGUGCUGCUGCCACCAUGUGCCUCUUAGCAGUUUUAAUUAAACUACUAUAGAGAACAAUUAAGCUUAUAACCUUGCUGUAGUGUCAAACAGCAACAGAUUCCAGUGAUCUGUAUGGGGUGGGAGCAUCUAUCAUGCAGAGCUGUUUAUAUUCCCUGAACUCACUGGCGUUUGGUGGCUGUAGAAUUGAGGAAGGGCGGGGCUGAUAUGUACAGUACACAAAUACGGUAAAGAGCCUUCAGUGAAAAGGUAUACUAAUCUCACCUAUUCAGAGAAGUCUAAUUAGGUUUGUAACAAUGAGAUUUAAGGGAGUUCGCAAUCAUUUUCAUGUGUGGCAGAGAAGAAGGUUGUUGGGUUUUAUAUGUUUUUAUACUCCUUCAGUAAAACAAUUGGUAUACUUAUUUUUUUUGUUCUAUUUUCAAAACAGGUACAAUGUUUCACAAUAUUAUUGUUAUUUCAAUUUUAUUUUUCUGUGUUGGCUGGAUUCCAAACCAAAACAAUAUGCUAUACAGUAGUACUUUGUAAAAUAUCAUUAAAUAAAUACAUACGUAAUAUAAAUAUUGAUUUAAAAACUGAUGAGUUGUCAAAGUCUUGGAAGUAGAGAUAAUCUUCUUAUUUAUUAUUAGAAAUCAAAUUCUCAUGUUCUAAAUAGAAAGCAUGCAUUUCUGCAUUAAUGCAUGUCGGUGUACCAAGGUCUGCUCCAAUUUCAGGUCUUUGUUGCUAAACUGUAAAGGAUUUGCCUUUUUUGUUGUUUCUUUAAUAAAAUGAUUUUUUUGGUUGUUGUUGAAAGAACGCUAUUUAAAGGUGUGUUUGCUUAAAGAAUCAAUUAAGUUGUUAGAUUAGAACAGACACGAGUGUAUGUGUCUGUAUUUUAUAUAUAUAUACACAAGCUCAUUUUCCUCCAAAAAUAUGGUUUAUAAUUACAUUUUCAGUUGAUUUCUAUGCAUUUAUUUUUGUCUAGAUUAAAAUGUGAAGUACUGUAAUUCUAUAACACAUUUACAGUAGCUUGCUAAGUAUGUAAAAAAAAAAUGAUUACAGUAUAUUUUAUUAAGCAUAGUUAGUCGUAAAUUGUCAAUACAAAAAACAUCAAACCUUUAGCAUUAAACAUUAAGCAUUGAAAGCUUGUUUCUAUCGUUAAUACUCUACAGUAUGUAUAUGCUACUGCAUCGUUAACUCACACCUCUCUGUGAUCUGUUUCUAGUUAAAACUGAUUGAUCUGGUAAUUAGCAUAAUUAGCUGUGCUAAGAAACUGCAUUCAUUCUGCUGGGACCUGGGAACCAAUAGCUUUGAAACAGCUGCUGUCUGACCAAUGAAUCAUUUUGUAAUCUUCAUAAAGCUCCUCCUCUUAAUUCUACUAUUUUCUUAAUUCUAAUCUAUUACAAUACUGAUUGAACCCUGAUAACUGUACUUAAACAAUUCACUUAAUAUCUUUUCAACAUGGAAUAGUGAGAUGUGAGUUAUAUUUGGUGGUAGUUGGCUUUUUUAUUAUAAUGAUGCCUUUAGAUAAAGUCUCUAAACAUAGAGAAUGGAAAUAUCAAGCAGAUAAAUGAAUCUCUGGUUAAGUGGUGUCUGUAUCACUCUGUUAAUGAGGUUUGUAAGAAAUCAUGUGGUCUAAGAUAACGCAUAGAAGAUACUAACUAGUCAAUCACAUGCUGCAACACAAACAAUGCACUCUUCUGCUGUGUAAUAUUCCUCUAUCUGUAUUUACAAGUUCAUUGGGGUUUUUUAGCAGAUAUACAUAUUGUGAAUUACACACAUGCCUAUGCCUGGAACUUGUGGUGAAAUAACGUUUUUUAUUAUGAACAAUUAUUAUUUCAGCCAUCAAAAUGUUUGAAUUUUAAACAAUUUAAAAUAUUUUGCAGCUACAGCUGCUACUGGGUUGAUGAAAUAAAUAAAC